GGCCACUUGGCCACUACUAGCCUAGAGGCUGACCACUAGCCCAAACGCUGACCACUAGCCUGAAACCGCCAUUUUCUGGUCCAACAGCAAUUUGGAGAGGUCACCCGCCUCUCAGGGGCGGCAACGGGGGCAGAAGCGCCCCUGUGGAAGGGGUGUGUGGAGCGGGCAAAGAGAAUAUUGAGCAGAUGGAGCUAGGCAAGACCAAGAAACAAAAAGUGAAGGGGUUAACCCUAAAGAGAAAGGAAACACGGCAGAAAGAGGAGUGCUUCCUGAAAAAAGAAAACAAGCUCUCUGGAUCCCAAAAGAAGCCAAUUCAAGAAAAUGUUAUUACAAGAAGCUCUCUCAAGCAAAAAGAAGUGCUCGAAGAAAAUAAUACUAAUGAAGUAGCGGAUGAGCAACCGCAACUGGCAAAAUCUCUUGAGGAAGAAGAGACCCAAUUCAAAGAGGAUGCUGAAGCUUCUGGGUCUGAAGGGCCAAACCUGGGACAAGAAACUGAUAUGAGGUCAGAGCCAUUUGCUCAAGAAAUGGAAACCGAUUAUGGCCAGGAAAUGAAGAAUGCAGACAGUCAAAUUACAAAACAAGAAGUUAAUGGAAACAAAGUGGAGAAAGCUACGAGUGGAAAUAAGCAAAGCUUCCCAAGUGAGAUACGUUUAGAAAGUGAAGAUGAUGUGCAAAAUGAAGCUGAUGCAAAUGGAGAAAAUAAAAGGGAUCCUAUGAAUACUCUGAAUUUAGGCAUCUUUGGUGAAGAAAAUGAUAAGCAAACAGGAAAAAGCCAGAUAAAUUUGGUGAAAAGCAAAACUGAGCAGGGAGAAAAUCGAGCUGAGAUCUCAGAGCGAGAGAGAGAAAAGGAUGCAGUUUUCAAAAAAUGCAAAACCAAAAAAGUUAGUGGAAACACAUUAAAAGUGGAAAAGAAAAUUAGUAGCGGCCACAAGAAAAUUAGUGAAAAGCUAAGAAAAUUGCACGUGAACAUGGGAGAGAUGGGAGACCAAAAAGAUGUGUUAAAAGGAAAAGUUGAAAAGGAGAACAACGAUUCGAAAAAGAACCCAAAGAAGUCCAAGAAGAGAGAGAAUGAAGUUAGAGUGAAAAGUGAAUGUACAGACAGAAAGAAAGAAGAUACUCAAGGUAGAAGUGAUGGAGAGAGAAAAGUAGAGAGAGAGAGAAAGAAAUCUGAAACAGAAGAUGAAUCAGUGGAAGUUAAAAGAAAAAAACUAUCAGAAAGUGAGGAGAAAAAUAGGGAAGUGCAGAAGUCAUCUGAAAGGAAAGGGAGUCAAAGUAAAGAAAACAGAGAAAAAAAAGAAAGGGGGAUUGAAAAAAUUAAAGUAGAGAAAGAAAAUGAAAACUGUGAUAACGUCAUGAAGAAAGCAAAAAAGAAAAGUGAAGAUGUAGAAGAGGAGGAAAAUAGGGAGAAAGAGAAUAGUGAAAAACUUGACAGUGACCAGGACAAAUGGAAAGAGGUGGAAGAAAAGCUUGAAGUUAAGAAAGAACAUGUUGAUAAGGAAGACCCUGAGAAAAAGAGAAAACUAAAAAAGAAAUCAAAAGAAAAGAAACCAGAGAAAGGAACCGAGGAUAAAGAUGAGUGCCCAGUAAACAAGGGUGAAAUGAAGCAUAAACUUAAAAAGAAAGAUAAAUUGGCCAGUGAAAAAAGUUCCAGAGAAGGGAAAAGUGAAAAUGAAAAGAAAACAAAGAAAUCUAAGGAGAGAAACGACCAAGAGGAAAAAGAGGAUGAAGGAGCAAGCAAGUGGAAAUGGUGGGAAGAGGAGAAGAGGGAAGAUGGUGUGAAAUGGAAACAGCUGGAACACAGAGGGCCAUACUUCGCACCUUUAUAUGAGCCCCUUCCAGAUCAUGUUCACUUUUAUUAUAAUGGAAAGCCCAUGAAAUUGAGUCUAGUAACUGAAGAGAUUGCCACUUUUUAUGGGAAAAUGCUGCACCAUGAGUACACCACUAAGGAUAUCUUUCAAAAUAAUUUCUUCAGUGACUGGAGAAAGGAAAUGACUCCAGAAGAGCAGAAAACAAUAACAUGCCUAGAAGAGUGUGACUUCACAGAGAUCCACAAGUAUUUUGUAGACAAAAAUGAAGCUCGUAAAGCCUUGCCGAAAGAGGAGAAACAAAAGCUAAAAGAAGAGGCAGAAAAACUUCAAGAAGAAUUUGGCUAUUGUAUUUUGGAUGGCCACCGAGAGAAAAUAGGGAAUUUCAAGACAGAGCCACCAGGAUUAUUCCGGGGUCGUGGGGACCAUCCGAAAAUGGGGUUGUUGAAGAAGAGAAUAAUGCCAGAAGAUGUAAUCAUAAACUGCAGCAAGGACUCUAAAAUUCCUGAGCCACCAUCAGGUCACAAGUGGAAAGAAGUGCGCUUUGACAAUACAGUCACCUGGCUGGCAUCGUGGACUGAAAAUAUCCAGAAUUCCAUCAAGUACAUUAUGUUGAAUCCCAGCUCCAAACUCAAGGGGGAGAAGGAUUGGCAAAAAUACGAAGUGGCCCGGCGCCUGAAAGGGGUAGUGGAUAAGAUCCGAGCACAAUAUCGGGCUGACUGGAAGUCAAAGGAAAUGAAGAAACGACAGAGAGCAGUGGCCCUUUACUUCAUUGAUAAGCUGGCCCUGAGAGCCGGUAACGAAAAAGAAGAAGGAGAAACAGCCGACACCGUCGGCUGCUGUUCACUGCGCAUUGAGCAUAUCCAGUUGCACCGAGAAUUGGAUGGGCAAGAGCACGUUGUCGAGUUUGACUUCCUUGGCAAAGACUCCAUUCGCUAUUACAACAAAGUUCCUGUGGAGAAACAGGUGUAUAAGAACUUGCGGUUAUUCAUGAAGAACAAAGAUCCAGGAGAUGAUCUAUUUGAUCGACUCCAUACGACCAGCUUGAACAAACAUCUCCAGGACCUGAUGGAUGGCUUGUCGGCCAAAGUGUUCCGGACCUACAAUGCCUCUAUCACACUACAAGAGCAAUUGAGAGCUCUCACCAAUGCGGAAGACAACGUAGCCGCUAAAAUUUUGUCGUACAACAGAGCGAACCGAGCUGUAGCCAUUCUCUGCAACCAUCAGCGGGCUACUCCAAAGACUUUUGAGAAGUCUAUGCAGAAUCUGCAGGCAAAGAUCGAUUCUAAGAAGGAGCAGCUGGAUGAAGCAAUAACUGAGCUCAAAAGAGCCAAAGCUGACCACAAAGCCAAGAAAGAUACCAAGUCUAAAAGCACCCUGGAGAAGAAAAAGAAGCUUCUCCAGAGAAUAGAAGAACAGCUGAUGAGGCUGAGUGUACAAGCUACAGAUAAAGAGGAGAACAAACAGAUUGCACUGGGCACGUCCAAACUCAACUAUCUUGAUCCCAGGAUUAGUGUAGCAUGGUGUAAGAAGUUUGGGGUGCCCAUUGAGAAGAUUUAUAAUAAGACUCAGAGAGAGAAGUUUGCCUGGGCAAUUGACAUGGCGGAUGAAGAUUUCGAGUUCUAAGCACGGAUCUACCAAAAAAUAGAUGUUUCCCUGUAUAUUUUAAAAGGUUUUUUGAGGUUUUUCUCCUCGUCCAUGUAGAAUUUAAAAAUAUUGUUAAGGGAUUUUUUUGUGAGAAGGAACAUAGGUUUUGAUUAAAUAUUUGUAUAUAGGUCUGAAAGGUGGCCCAAAUUUCCCUCAUUUCUGUAACUGCAGUGUCAGAAUUUCUUCCCAGCCCCCAGCCCAGAGGCAACAGGAAGUUUUAAUUGUGAACAACCCAGACUUUGACAGUUCUUCCCCUUCAUCCUUGUCUCAGUGAAAUCGAAGUUCUUUGAAAUUCUGAAGGCGAAAACGCAGAAUUGGUCUUAUAGCAUCCAAACAACUGAAGACAUACAGAGGUGUAUCUUCUGACACUGAAGAAAAUAGGGCAACUGAGAAAUUUGGAGUUUCAAAUUGUUUUCUAUCGAUAAAUUUUUCAUAAUGCUCGAAAGUAGAGCUGAUACACUUUCUAUGUGUGUGGGAAAGGGUUUUCAGAUUUCCAAAUCCUAGUGAAAGGCGGGGGAGGAUUCAGUUAUGGAGAAGUUGCCGCUGAAGGCUAGGCAAAGAUCUUCCAGCAAAAACCACUCUGUAUGACUUCUUGAUUUGGGGAAGACAAAACUCGAUGACAUCUGGGAAAGGAGAAGUUUGUUUUUCGGAGUCCCACUAGAAACUGCUGAACUUUGAAAAUGGUGACGGAUUAGAGCAGGCCGGUCAGGAAAUCUUGCAGUUUUGGGACGGGGUUGCCACUGUAAAAUAGCAUUGUGCUACACAGUUAUUUGGAUGAAGGAUUCUAGUUGAGCUGUUACUUAGACUGAGGUAAAUGGAUAAAUGUUAGGGGGCCUAGGUAAAACCAAAUAGAUCCUAGAAGAGACACUAUGGAAGUGAGCUUGAAAUGAAAUUGCUCUUUUUGCAUUGGCACUUAUUUGGCUCCCAGUGAAAGGUUGUUUUUUUUUUCACAUUUUUUGGAAUGUUUUUGUAAGGAAGCUCUGUUGUUAAGUUGAAGGGACAUUUUAAUUCACUCCAAGAAAAAAGUUUGGCAUGGCUCAGCAGCUGUAAAGUUCAUACCUUUUCUUUUGGGGGUCAGCAUUUUCUACGGUAUAAUGUUACUGUUUCUAAGUUCAGUUUUCUUUACAUUUGAGUCACGUUCAAUAAAAUCAACAUAUU